AUGCGCAGCAAGAAAUUGGGCUUUCCACCUGGCGUCGCGCUUCAAAUGGUUAUCAAGACUAUGAUGAAAUAUCAAGGCAUAUUUGAGGAAUAUCAAAGGAAUCGUGCCCAGGCCAAUUUACCUCCACCCCCUGUUGCAGGCAAGCAAGCUUUUCUUCCUGAAUGUGUCAAAACUGGUCGCGAUAUAGCCGUAGUUAUAGAUAAACAGCACGUCACCGUUUCGGCCAAGAUUGAUGGUGAGUUGAAGACAAUACUUAAUAAGAAUCUCUGCUGGGAAAUAAAGAGGGAUGAAUCCUUAUGGACGCUUUUAUCCAAAGAAAGCCAGGAACGUUGGUGGGAAUCCGCUUUCCCCGACGAAGAAAAACUAGAUACUCGUAAAAUGGAUUGUUCUAGACCAAUGCAUGAACUUGAUGCAGAAGCCCAGGCCAAGAUCCAGCAACUAAUGUACGACGAGUGGCAGAAACGCCAAGGCCUUCCCACUAGCGGACAACAACAAGUACACCACAUACUAGAAAAGGCUUGGGAUCAAGAAGGCUCUCCAUUUCGCGGUACACCUUUCGACCCUACGCGUUGGUUUAACCCCUUUGGAGACGAACACUAA